GCUCACCUUGGCUGCCGUGCAAUUAAUAAAGUACACUUAAUCUAGUUAACUGUGUAAUUUGUUCCGGCUCCAUCAUGUGAUCGCCACCUAGAAACUUUGACCCUUUUUUAGCCAAAGACCGCCGUUGUUCGUCCUACUUGCAAGGUCAGUGCAGCCGCCCGCGCAGAUCUCGCUCCCACCGCGGCGCCGGAAGGACGGAGAAAGGUUAAAUGGAUCUUGUGAGUGUGGAGCCAAGAGAUCUGUCGUUCCAUUUAUUGGAAGAAAUAACAGAUGGUUUCUCUGAAGAACGGAAACUUGGAAGCGGUGGGUUUGGAAAAGUUUACAUGGGCGUUCUUAAAGAUGGGGAAAAGAUUGCAGUGAAGCUGCUUCAUCCGUUGCCGGGACUCGAAGACAGUGAUCAACAAUUUCAGAAUGAGUUUGACAACCUUGUAAAGCUUCGACACCAAAACAUCGUGCAUUUAGUUGGCUAUUGCUAUGAAAUUCAGAAACGAUAUGUAGACUACAAUGGAAGAAAUAUUUUUGCUGAAGAUAUACGUAGGGUGCUCUGCUUUGAGUACAUGCAGAAAGGAAGCCUUGACAAGUAUCUUUCUGAUGAGUGUAGUGGGCAUGGCUGGAACACACGCUAUGCAAUAAUCAGGGGGAUAUGCAAGGGUUUGAAAUACCUUCACGAGGAAUUGGAAUCUCCUAUUUAUCAUCUGGAUUUGAAACCAGCUAAUGUAUUAUUGGAUGAGGAUAUGACACCGAAAAUCGCAGAUUUUGGCUUGUCCAGGUUCUUCUUCGGAGAAGAACAAACACAGGUUACAAAAACUUCUAUGGGGACAUUGGGGUACUUACCGCCAGAAUACAUAGAGAGGGGUGUGAUCUCAAAUAAGUUUGACAUAUUCAGCUUAGGUGUUGUAAUCAUAAAGAUAAUGACAGGACCUAAGGGCUACUCCAGAAGUGCUGAAAUGCUUUCCCAUCAAUUUAGUGAGCUUGUGAAUAAAAACUGGAGGAGUAGGUUUCAUUCCACAUCAUUAAACAUGGUGCAAUCAUAUUUGGAACAAGUGAAGACAUGCAUUGAAAUAGCUUUAAGCUGUGUCGAGGCCGAUCGGCAAAAAAGGCCGGAUAUAGGGUAUAUUGUCAACAAGCUGGAUGAGACUGAGAUGUUGAUUCAGUUACAACAUGCAUUAAGUAUUGAUGCAGGGUCAUCCUUGGACCAGAUAAGCCCUGACAUGCCUACUGGGAGUGGCUUACUGGAUGCAUCUCCAAAAAUAGAGAGUGGGUGUCUGCAUGCAUCUCCAAAUAUAGAGGGUGGGUUACUGGAUAUCCACCCCUGCCAGCUCGACUUCCUGUUUGAGCCAAACAAGUUGAUCUCGUGUCCACUGCGCCUAACUAACAACUUAGGUGACCAGCAUGUCGCAUUUAGAUGUGUCCCAAAAACACCAGAGAUUUAUCUGGAUGGACUGUCGCAAUUCCAAGGCGUUCUCCCGCCAAGGUCCACUUGCACCUAUGUUCUAACAAUGGAAAUGCAACAACAUCCGCCGACGAACAUGGAUGCCCUUUCCUUGAUUCUAGAGAGUUGUGUAGUUCCCCAGGACAUAGGGGACAUAGAUGACUACAUGUCUAGACAAGGUCCAGGGCACGCGGUAAGAUUGAUGGCCAUUUGUGGUCCAGCAGGCAAGACUGUAAUCUCCGAGCCUAUCCGACCACGAAUAAAGAUCAUAUACUGCAGGGAUGAGUUUCGGGAAACAUUAUCAAUGGACGUGCAUCCAACGGAGCCUUGGAUUUUGGGAGGUCAUUGUAAUGGAUACGUGUCCAUUUGGAACUACGAGACCCAGGAAAGAGUAAUAUCAAUGAGAGCCACAAAAGAGUCAGGACGAGUUCAUGAUUCACACUGGAUUCUUUCAAUAAAAUUCAUCCCACGAAGGCAAUGGUUUGUCACUGGUGGUGGCAACGGAUACAUCCAGGUGUUUACGUGUAUGACAAUGGACGAGCUCACGGCUUUUAAAGCUCACUCUAGUUGGGUCGAAUCACUGGCUAUUCACCCAAGCCAGCCAUUUGUGCUGUCAGCAUCUGCCGACUGCUUGAUCAAGCUUUGGGACUGGGAGAAUGACUGGACGUGCGUUCGAACAUUCAGUGAACACUCAGACAAUGUGCAGCAAGUCAUGUUCAACCCGUGGGAAACCAACACUUUUGGCAGUGUUUCAAAGGAUUGCACCGCAAAGGUCUGGAGCAUUACUUCUGGUGAUUCUUUGGCCACAUUGAGCAGUAAAUCACAACAAGUCUGUGUUGAUUUUUUUCCUCCAAGUGGUAAUUGCCAGUAUAUGAUUACUGGAUCCGUCGAUGGAACUGCACGAAUCUGGAACCUAGAAGCAAAGAAAUGUGUCCGACAACUUAAGGGACUACAACAUACCGUAUGUGGCUGCACUGUUGGUGUGGUCCAUUUCCUCCCAGACCAUCCGACUCUGGUUACCGUUUCAGCGGACUAUGCUGUUUCUUUCCGUGACCCCACUACCUACAGGAGUAUGCGCUUUACUUUGGACUAUAUGGAACAAGGGUAGGAUGACCCGUCGUCCUCCUCAUCGUUGUCGGUGGAUCCAUCCACGAGGGCCCAGAAACGCCCGCCGGCCUGCUGACGAUCGGCCGGACCGGGGGCACACGCGCCCGUCGCCUGGUUCGCCACGCCCUUCUUCAUUCAAAACACCGAAGGCCAGUUGCUUACAUGAAACACAUGCUCGCACUUAGAGUGCCUUAGUUUCCAUUCUGGACCCUUUUGCUGGUCAACACAACAUCAUAUUGUGAAUAUACUGAUAUAAUCAGCUAUAUGAUAUUUAUAGAGUACAAAAGAAGAUGAAAUAAAACAAGUUAUAAACGAAAGAAGAUGCAAUAAUAAAAUUCAGAUGGGCAGAGAAGAUGCGAUUCAGCUUCUAAGAAGAGAACCAAUCUUGACUAUUGAUGUAUUUAGGGGUGUACUGAAUCAGAAGUGUCUAUAAUAUUUAAAAAUGUUUGUUGGUGAGUAAGAAAAAGAUUCCCUAACAAAAUGCCCCGUGAACUAAAAAAAUGAUUUCCCAUACAUGGAUGUUUUCUUUUUUUUUAAGAAAAGGUUUCUUUUAGAAAAGGAGGAUAUACCCCCGGCCUCUGUAUCUAGGCGAUGUAUGCAGCCAUUUUAUUAAUUAUGGGUGGGAUCCAGAUUCGCGGCCGCCGCCAUGCCCACCAUCGCCGGAGAUCUUGGAUCCUGCGGGUCAUGGAGGGUAGCGCGGCCGCCGCACGACCAGGGGUGCCGCCCUUGCUGAUGCGCACAACUCCCUCCCGGCACGCUCCAGCCGCACCAGGAGAUCACCGCCGCAUCCAGAUCCCGGCGGCAGUGGCGGAUGGGGAAGCAUCAGCGCGAGGGUCUCUGGCGG